UUCCCUGUUCGAGUCUUUGUUCUCGGAUUCUUCAAAUAAAACCCAAACUUCCCCGUGAACAUGCUUUUGUUUCUAUGAAAGAAGCCUCAGGAAUCUGCUUUUCAACCACUCUGACGAGCUGAUGUUUAUCACCGCAACUACCCGGCUGAAUUCUUGAAGGUUUUUUCUAUCUAAAUAAACAAACAGCUCUAAACGAGGAUUAUCAGGAUUAUUAUUAUCAUGAUCACGUGGUUGUUAUUGCUCUCACUCUUCAGAGAAAGCACACAAGAUGGACAAGAAGACGGUGUUUUGCGUUGUGGACCUCAGAAUGUGACUCUUGACUACGACAGUUUCCUGUUAAAGUGGGAAGAUGACCCUUCUUGCUCUGUGAUACGAGAUGGGCUCGUGUACGAGCUGCAGCUUCUCAUUGCAGACAAACCUGAACACAAUGGUGAAGUUGUUGUGGCACCUGCACAGAUAGGAUCUACUCAUUCCUGGAAAUGGACUUCCCAUUUACCAUCGCAGUGUGCUCGCCAUUCAGUCCGGCUCAGGUCCCAAUACAACAACCAAUCAAGCCCAUGGAUGCAGAAGACGCUACCUGACCAGGGUGAAAUACUGGUUCUCCCAAGAGACCAAAUAUUGGAGGUGGGCAGCACAGCCACAUUCUGCUGCAUGGUGCCAGACGGGGAAAGUAUUAAAACAAUGUUUCUACUCAACUAUAAAGGCACUAAUGUAACAACUACAAAGAUCAGUGAACAUGUGCACUCCCUGACUGUUCACCUGGACCAACAAUCAGAAAAUUGGAGGGAUGUAAUAUGUGAAACAAACAAAGGAGACAUCAGCGGAGCCAGUUUUCAUGCUGGAUACCCCCCUAGUGACAGUAGUCUUCAGUGUGAAACCCAGGAUCUGGAAUCCAUCGAUUGUUUUUGGAAUAUAACAAGGAAAAUAGAGGAUGUUGAAGAAGUGAGAAGAAAAUACCUGCUCCAGGAAAGCCCAUGCAACAUUGGACCAAUGCAUCAAUUGGGUAAAUGCUCGCAAAAAGUGGAGCUGGAUGCUGCUGAGAGGAACUGGACCUUAACAGUCACUAAUCCUCUGGGAAAGCUCGAGCUCCAUGACAGGGUGGACCUGACCAAAAGAGUGCACAUGGUUGCUCCAGACAAAGUGGCAGCUUCAACUGUGAACCCCAGAAACAUCAGUCUGAAAUGGAGCUGGACUGUGAAGAAGUACAGUAAUCUCAACAUCACAUGCCAAGUACAUGUCAGUGAUGGAAACUCUAAUACCAAAACUGAAAACAUUGGAGUUGGCCUCACAGCUGCAGUCAUCAAGGACUUGAUACCACACUGGGACUAUGACGUGAGGGUCCGAUGUGGAACAUCACAGCAUUUCUGGAAAUGGGGUGACUGGAGCAAUAGUGUCAAAAUCCGCACGAAGGGUGAUGUUCCAGAUGCUCUUGACGUGUGGAUGAAGGUGAAGGCAGACCAGGCUGUAAUCUCCUGGAAGGUGCCACUGACCAAUCAGAGCCAUGGAGAAAUCUUUGACUACAAAGUGUCCUGGGCAAAGACCAAAGACAAAAAUCAGUCAAACCAAACCAACGUGUCCAGAAGCAAUCACAGCCUUACACUCACGCUGGACCCCAGUGAGGAGUACAUGGUCACUGUCACGGCUAGAAACAUAAACGGCAGCUCAUCACCAUCGACCAUCAUCAUCCCCCGCAGCAAUCUAGAUACAUCCGAGGUGAAGACCUCCUGGAUCAGUGGCAGCAAUGGUAGCUUCUUCCUGUCCUGGCCUGAUAGUCCUAACGCCAGCUGUGGCUACAUAGUGGACUGGUGUCCAGUCUUCGGUAAUUGCACCUUCGAGUGGAUGAAAGUGCCUCCCAACAGAACUCAUACCACAGUUUUUUCAAAGAACUUUGAAGAUGGUCGGAGAUACCUGCUGUCCAUAUACGCCUGCACUGAGGGAGCUGCGGUGCUACUACAGAGAAGAAAGGGCUACAUCAGAGAGACCAAAAUAGGAGUCGAGCUGUUUAAACUCAAAUACAAACAGGAAGACUCGGCUGUUGAGGUAUCCUGGGAGCCCAUACCUCUGGAAAAGCAGACUGCUUCCAUCCAUGGAUAUAUUCUCUACUACCAGGACAAGAGCGGGAACGUUUUUAACGUGAGCACAGAUGAUCCUGAAGCCACCAGCCUCACUGCAAAGAACCUGAACAUCAGUAUGUACACCUUCACGGUGACAGCAUCAACAGCAUUUGGACUUUGUGGUAAUUCAUCCAUCAAUGUCACCUUGAAUCCCCCGGCUGAUCAACUGAUAAUGCUGAUCUUGAUAUCCCUGGGAGCAGUUUUUCUUAUUCUGUCUGUCAGCACAAUUAUCUGCUACAGACAAUGGGCAUGCAUCAAGCACAAAGUCUAUCCUCCAAUCCCAAAACCAGUGCUGACUGAAAAGUGGCUGGCAUCACCGGAUGAACAUACAGUUCGUCAUCUUCCCUUUGAUCAGAGUUACUACAGUGAGGUCUUGGAUGUUCCUGAACUACAUGAUAAAUUCAGACCACCACAGCCUGUUGUUGGCCAGGACUACAUGCCUUUUACCUUCUCUCAGACUCCCAAAGGUUACUACAAUAAGCCUCUGAAGAAACUCCAGCCAUGCCUUACUUUACCCACUACAGGCCUCACAUCUCAGCCAGGCUUGCCAUCUUUUCCAAUUAAUGAUGUGUUUCCUAACCCUUCAUAUAACCUGAUAGUACAGGACCAGGAGUCACAAUCACAUCCCGAGAUCCAGGAGGGGAUGCCUAUAAUUGAUAGUGAAUGCCAGCCACAGAGUCCUGAAGAGACCUUUACCACAACUGAGUUAGAGGAGGAACCAGACAGUCCCAUUUCCUGUGCGUCCACAUACAUUUUGUUACCACAGAAAACUUCCAAAUAGCGGCUGCAUGUGUGAACACGUUUAAGCCUUGCACACGUACUUGAAGAGACCUUAACUACUGCAUGGAACACAAGCUGCCCUCAUCCACACAGUGACCCGCUAGAUAUUCAAAGGAGCUCUACUGUUUUCAUGUUUUGCUUCAAUUAAAAGCAUGCAAUACAUUUUAGUUCAGUUCUGUACAUUGGUGGUGUUGUGGUGCUAGUUAGCACUGUCACCUUGUUGCAGGAAGGUUGUGCGUUCAAAUCACCUGUCAACCAUUUCUCACGAGAGGAAAAUAUGUGAUUCCUUACUGGUUACAGCUGUGUCACUUUGGCCAGCGGUCAGUUGUGGAUUUAAAGAGACGACAGCAGGCUCGAAUAAAACGUAACACCAACACACUAACCAACACCUACAACUGCAGCUGGCUUCCUUUUAUACUCGCUUCACGUGAGACCACCCAGAUCUGGGGUAAGAAACAAAUGAAGAAAAUACACAUCCACAUUCAAUUCAAUUUUAUUUAUAUAGCACCAAAUCACAACAAAAG